AUGUUUCGAACGAAUGUUAGUAUUCCAUGCAUAUGGGGCGGUAAUUUAGAAGGGUUUGUGCUCAAAAGUGAUAAAGCAGCAGACAAUGGUGGUAGCAAUAAUACAAAGAAAAUAAUUUGUAUUCAUGGAUGGCUUGAUAAUCUUAAUUCAUUUUUACCGGUUGCAGAAAAAUUAGUAACAGAUCGUCCUAAUUACGAAAUUCUUUUAUAUGAUCGCGCUGGCCAUGGAUUUUCGAGUCAUCUUCCGAAAGGCUGCGAGUAUUCCAUGGCACAUGUUGUUCAAGAUCUUCAUUGUGUUGUUCUAAAUCUUGGUUGGGAGAAAACAAAGUUUUCUAUACUUGGUCAUAGUUAUGGAGCGAUAUAUGGCAUAACUUAUGCAGCAUGCUACCCAGAAGAAGUUGAAUGUGUUGUUGCUAUGGAUUCUAUACCUUGGUCAGAAACACCAACUGAAGAUGUUUUCAAAGCUUAUCGCACUAGAAUUGAUGCUAGUUUGCAAUUUCAUACUAAACCACCUAGACCUGUCGACUAUGAUAUAACUACAGAAGGAUUUAUUCAGUUAACAAAAUUGCGAAGACCGGGUCUCACUGAUGAAGGUGUAAAGUUGAUAGUGGAACGAUCAGUUCGUCGUGAUAAAGAUAAUAAAUUGCGUAUUACUUUUGAUGAAGCAAUCAAAGUAUAUCCAGUUUAUCCAUACACAGAUGAACUAGUUCGGAGCCUUUUUCGAAAUUUAAAAGCAUCGACUCUCGUUAUCUUCACCAAAAAUGUUGACGAAGCUAAAUAUAAAAAUUCAUUUGAUUACAUGAGAGAAUUUAAUCCUAACUUUGAAUUAGAACUAAUUGAUGGACCACAUGACUUUCAUCUAACGCAUGUCAAGGAAGUUGUUGAUUUAAUUGAACGGUACUUCGACAAAUAUCUGAAAUAA